AGUCUAAACAGGAAGUGCAGACAGCACGCGUUUCUGUCCCCACAUGACCGCACGUUACAGCUGCUGUCACCAUAAAUGCCGGUGAGCGUCUGGAUGACUGGUGCCCGUCUGCGUUGUUGACAGGACGACUGAGCCGCCAGGAUGGCAGCAGGCAGGCUGAGCUUCAGAAACAUCACCGCCCUGGCUCCGAUGGUCCGGGUGGGGACUCUGCCCAUGAGGCUGCUGGCUCUGGACUACGGGGCUGAUGUGGUUUACUGUGAGGAGUUGAUCGACAUCAAAAUGGCCCAGUGUCAGAGGGUGGUGAACGAGGUGCUGGAGACGGUGGAUUUUGUGGCUCCAGAUGAUCGAGUGAUGUUCAGGACCUGUGAGAGGGAGAAGGGCCGAGUCGUCUUCCAGAUGGGAACCGCUGACCCAGACAGAGCGCUGAGCGUGGCCCGGCUUGUGGAGAAGGAUGUGGCUGCUAUCGACGUGAAUAUGGGCUGCCCCAAAGAAUACUCCACCAAGGGCGGGAUGGGAGCAGCUCUUCUGUCGGAUCCUGACAAGAUCGAGGCGAUCCUCAAGAAGCUGGUCACAGGAGUUUCCAUACCCGUCACCUGUAAAAUCCGAAUCCUGCCUUCGGUGGAGGAGACGGUCAGUCUGGUCCAGAGGAUUGAGAAGACCGGCGUCGCUGCUGUCGCUGUUCACGGCAGGUUGAAGGACGAGCGUCCCAGACACCCCGUCCACUGCGAUUACAUUCAGGCCGUCGCUCAGGCGGUUUCCAUCCCCGUCAUCGCCAACGGAGGCUCUCUGGAUCUGGUGAAGACAAACGCCGACGUCGAGGAGUUCAGGAAGGCGACGGGCGCCUCGUCGGUCAUGUUGGCCCGCGCCGCCAUGUGGAACGCAUCAGUGUUCAGCAACCGGGCGCUGCCUUUAGAGAAGGUCAUGGAGGACUACCUCAAAUAUGCGAUCCGAUACGACAACCACGUGUUCAACUCAAAGUACUGCCUGUGUCAGAUGCUGAGAGACAAGGUGGAGUCUCCUCUGGGGAAGCAGGUGCAGGCGGCUCAGACCAACGCUGAGAUCAGCGAGGCGUACGGGCUGCGGGAGCUGUACCGGCAGACCCAGGAGCGGCUGCAGGCCAGGAGGGCCGCCCUGCAGAGCGGCUGCCAGCCGGACCCACUCGUAAUGGACGGAGACGUCACCACCAUGGCUGUCAAGUUUGAGCGGAGAGAGUAUCCAGCUCACAUCACGCCAAAGAUGUUCCUGCUGGAGUGGAGCCGCAAGGAGAAGCUGGAGCAGCCGCUUUACGAGACGGUAAGAAAGUUAAUUAAACCUGCGCAGUGAACUUCUGCGGAGUCUGAUGCCGGGGCUGAUCCUCGGGCU